AUGGACGAAUCCAUGGCAGUCACAGCCACUCGCACUCCGCGUUGGCAAGCCGUCGGGAAACGAGUGGUGAUGCUGCUUCUUCACCAGUGGUUGCUAAUCGGAAUGGGCGUCGCCUGCGUAUUGGCCUACUUUUUCCCCAAUGUCGCCAAACACGGUGGCAUCAUCAAGUCCGAAUACUCAGUCAUGUACGGUGUCAUCGCCAUCAUCUUUCUCGUUAGUGGCUUGAGUAUUCCCCGCCAGAAACUCUUCAUGCAACUCUUGAAUUGGCGGCUUCAUCUUAUCGUACAGAUCAUCUCGUUCCUAUUUAUCCCCGCUUUAGUCUUGGCUGUCGUUCACAUCAUUCUCGCCAGUGACCCUGGUGGCCGCAUCGAUCGUGCUGUGCUGGCUGGGUAUAUCUUCACCGCGUGUAUUCCCACGACAAUUGCCUCGAAUGUGGUGAUGACAAGGGCCGCCGGUGGUGAUGAUGCUGCGGCCCUUGUGGAGGUACUGCUGGCUAAUAUCUUGGGUCCAUUUGUUACGGCUGCUUGGACAGUGACCCUUAUUCCGAAAACCGCGGAGUUCGAUGUUUGGAGGUUCGGAGGCGGGAGUUUGGGAAGCAUGUACAAGGACGUCUUCCAGCAGCUCGGCCUGAGUGUUCUACUGCCUUUAUUUGUUGGACAACUGGUGCGCUGGACCUGGCCGGAUCAAACGAACUUCGUGAUACAAAAGACCAAAUUGCCCAAGCUGGCGAGCGCUUGUAUGUUAUUGUUGAUCUGGACUACAUUCUCUUCAUGUUUUGCUACAGGCGCUCUUCAGAGCCUCUCAGUACAAAGCGUGAUAUUCGUGGUCUUCUUCAAUAUUGGACUAUACAUUGCCCUCACUGCGGUAUGCUUCUUUACCUCGCGGCCGCCGAAGUUACUCUCCUCGCUAGGCUGGUCCAUUCCCAUGCUCAACCCGAUGACCCCAGAAGAGACGAUCGCUGUAUGCUUCUGCGGCCCUGCGAAGAGCACUGCACUUGGAAUUCCACUCUUAUACGCUAUGUGGGCCCCCGUUGAUCUAUACACCAAAGCGAAGACAUCCGUUCCAGUAUUGCUAUACACCACUGAGCAGAUCUGCGUGGCCCACUUCUUUGUUCAACUCUUUCGACGGUGGCAUGCUCGUAUUUCAGAGAAAGAGGAUAUUGAACAGGGUCAUCACAACGAGAUUGAACCGCAGAUGUCAGAGAUACCAGUAGAAAGCCACGGUAUCCUAGUUGGGAAUGGGCGGGGAACUAACUGA